AUGGCAAACACUAUCGAAGAAUAUGAUUUGAUCAUUGUUGGAGCAGGCGUUCUUGGAUGUGCUGCAGCCAGAGCAUUCGGCUCAGAUAAUAGAAAGGUGCUAUUGCUUGAACGCGAUCUCUCAGAGCCUGACCGUAUUGUGGGUGAAUUGUUACAGCCUGGAGGUAUGAACGCUCUCAAAGAGCUAGGAUUGGAAGAUUGUGUGGAGGGCAUCGAUGGCAUUCCUUGUUACGGUUAUGGUGUGAUCCGCCAAAAUGAAACAGUGGAGAUUCCUUACCCUGUCGAUUCAGACACUGAAAAGCAAGCAGUUGGUAAAUCAUUCCAUCAUGGUCGAUUUAUUCAGAAAUUGAGAGAGGCUGCCAGUUCCACCGAAAAUGUCACAGUGAAGGAAGCUACCGUCAACAGUUUGUUAAGGGAAGAGAAUGAGGACAAAGUGAUUGGUGUAGUAGCUCAAUCAAAGACAGGCGAGGAAUCCAAAUAUUAUGCUUCACUGACUAUUGUGUGUGAUGGAUUGUUUUCCAAGUUCCGAAAAGAGUUUACAACAAAGACACCUGAUGUUAGAUCCAACUUUGUGGGAUUCAUUAUGAAAGAUCUGGUUUUGCCAAUGCCAAAUCAUGGUCAUGUCAUCCUCGCUAAGCCCUCGCCAGUGCUCAUGUAUCAGAUUGGUACACAUGAUACCCGUGUUUUAGUCGAUGUGCCUGGAAAAUUGCCCUCUGUGUCUACUGGCGAACUAAAGAAGUAUCUGCAGGAGACAGUUGCACCUGAGUUACCAGAGAGCAUUCGUCCCAAAUUCUUGGAAGCCUUGGAAACCGAAAGAUUGAGAUCGAUGCCAAACGGAUUUUUGCCUCCUUCAGUGAACCAAAGCGACGGUAUGAUCUUACUGGGUGAUGCUAUGAACAUGAGACAUCCUUUGACUGGCGGCGGAAUGACAGUUGCGUUUAAUGAUGUUGUAUUACUCAAAGAAUAUUUGUCACAUGAAAAUGUCCCUUCAUUUGCUGAUUCAGAAGUUAUUCUUCAGAAAUUGAAUGAAUUUCAUUGGAAGAGAAAGAACUACUGUACUGCUAUCAAUGUCUUAGCAAUGGCACUCUAUCGCUUGUUUGCUGCAGAUGAAGAUACUGAUCUUGCCGUCCUGCAACGUGGAUGUUUCUCAUAUUUCAAAUUUGGAGGUCUUUGCAUCAGUGAGCCUGUGGGUCUGUUAUCUGGUUUGAUCCAAAGACCCAUCAUCCUUGUCUAUCACUUUUUCGCUGUUGCUUUCCACGCCAUCAAGAUUGAGACCGUUAGCAAUGGAUGGGCUGGUGCUCAUCGUAGUUUCAUUAUGUUCUUUACCGUGCUAUAUGCUGCAUGCGUUACCAUCUUGCCUUAUCUUUGGAGCGAAACAAAGUAUUAG